UGAAAGAGUUUUUUUGUAUUUGCUGAAAUGGUACCCUGAAAUUUCAGUUGAGCUUCUUCAUCCAUCUGUCGGUGAGGGAUGGACCCUUCCUUACCCCAAAACCUGACGGACUACUCCGCUUCCUCAACAAUUAUAAAAUUCGACCGCCCCAUCCCUUUACUCCGGGGCCCCAUCCCAGCCGGCUCCUCGGACGACCCUUCAUCCGGUUCAUACCUCCUCGCCUUCAAAGACCUUCCUUCCUGGGCCGCCGCAUACAAAUCCUGCCAGUCCAAAAUCAUAUCUCAAUGUGAGGAAGGCGCCAGAAUCGGGUGCGCCGUCACCGCGUCCAACAAGUGUAAACGUCCCUGGUGGCAAUCUCUGGUUGGGUGGAAAUCAGUGGACUUAAAGGAGAGAGAGCGCUGCGAAGAUCGUGAAAUGGAAGGGUGUUUGGUCGCGGCAAAAGAAAAGUGCGUCGGCUUCGCUAAGGAGAAAUGUACUAUGCCGUUUUUGGACGCGAGAAUCGUGGUGGGGGAGAGGGAGGUAAGGAACAUAGUGGUCGGGAGGAUGGUACUUGUGGCGUCGAUGCCGGAGGAAAGUACGUGGCACGAUUUGAUUGGGUGGGUUAAGUUGGGAGAAUGUGAGUUUACGGUGACCAAUUAUAGAGCGAGUCACUUUCUGAGAUCUAGUGCCCGAUUACAGACGUGAAAGUUGCAGAUUUUUUGUCGAAUUUUGAAGCAGUUGCAACCUUAAACUGACAAUUGGUGCUGUUGCGAAUAGGCAACGCUAAGCUAAGGUAAUCAUUGGGUGGAAUAAAGAAAUUUUUGGGGGCCGGGAGGAAACGAGGUUGGCUAUUCUACAAUGCACUUUAUGGUAAUUCCAUUAUCUCCUAUACUAUGGUACCAUAAUAUGAAGCCAGUAGUUUGAGUAAGUUAUGACUUAUGACCCCAUUCUGAUUCUUUGACUUGGUGGUGUCCAAGUAUUAAAUGCUAUAAUCCCUUAUGUAAUCUAGAUUCAAAGUGAAGGUAAUUCUGUUUUUGCCAU